AUGGCGCAUUUCCUGAGAGGGAAGCAGGCCGGUAUCCAGAGCGACCUGUCUGCAGGCCUCUCGCCGGAAAGCUUCCUUCUAGACGAGGUGGCUCGUUAUGGAAUAAAUUCCCGAAUCAGCGCCAUAGCGUAUGACCCCGUUCAAUCGCUACUCGCUGCUGGUACAAGCGAGACGCAGUUCGGAAGCGGGGAGAUUUAUGUGUUUGGACAGGAGAGAGUCUCCGCGGUCUUCUCGCUCCCGCGCAAAGCGUCGACGAGCAUUCUUCAGUUCUGCGGAGAUAAACUCAUCGCUGUCGCGAAGAAUGAGCUAUGUGUCUUCUCGCUCGACGAGCGAAAGCUAGUCGCUUCGUAUGCACCGCCAGGGCACGUUACCUGCGUUCUUACGGACCCGGUUCUAGACUACGCAUUUAUCGGGUUACAGAACGGCGAGCUUGUUACGUAUGAUCUCGACCGACAUCUGGUAGCACUCUUCAAGGUGCCGAAUUUGUGGAAAGAACGAAACCCGCGGGCCAGAUUUCUCCCCAUAGUGUCGUUGGCUUUCCACCCCAAGGAUAUAGGAACUUUGUUGAUCGGAUACUCAGAUGGAGCAGUGAUAUUCUCCAUCAAACAGAAUAUACCCAUCAAAUUCUUCCAGUAUGAGGUACCAAAAGGUGCACCCGGCGGGGAUUCGGACCCAUCCUCAGCUCGUGAGACUAGGUGGCCGAAGAUUGUCAAGGCACUGUGGCAUCCAACCGCCACAUUUGUCCUAACUGUUCAUGAAGACUCCUCUCUUGUUUUCUGGGAUCCUAAAGAUGGUAGAGUUGUGAUGGCCAGAACAAUACAAGCCGUAGACGUCAAUAAGCCUGGGGAUAGCACCCCCAUUUCUGGCGCGGUGCCCGGCACUUUUUCAAUAAAGGCGCCCGUCUUCGAGAUUGCCUGGUGUUGCAAGGAGAAUCCGGAUGACACGGGCUUGCUCAUCGCUGGCGGAACUCCUACCACCGAUGUGGCGAAAGGACUCACGUUUAUUGACCUUGGGGUUACUCCAAACUAUCAAACAUCUACCUGGCAAAUUCUAUCCGGUCAUUUCGCUUCCUUAAAACGUCAGUCAACGUUACAGACUCCACCGAAUGCAGAAGUAGUCCACUUUUGCUUGAUUCCUCGGGCGUCACCCCAUUUUGGGGGUGCCCAAGAUCCCAUUGCAGUAGUUGCUCUUCUGUCUUCGGGAGAGCUAGUCACAUUAAGUUUCCCAAGCGGCUAUCCUAUAUCACCUACUAACGUUCUUCACCCAUCCCUAACAAUGGUUCAUCCAUUUGUUACCAAACUUGAGCUCUCCUGCGUCGACAGGACACGGUGGCUAGGUUGGCGAGAGAAGAGAGCGCAGGGGCCACCACUGCUCAUUGGGGGAGCGGCAUCGAAAAAGGCACUGAAACGUUUCGAGAAUCGAGACAUCGCUGUUAUUGCGCAUGCCGAUGGACUCUUGCGUCUUUGGGAUACGGGGCAUGAUGACGAGAUUGAAAACCCUUCGGUGCUUCAAGUUGACCUAGCUCGCGCAGUUGGGCGAUAUGACAGAAUUGAGGUUACCCAGAUGUCACUCUCCGGAGCAGCUGGCGAGCUCGCAGUUGGCCUCCGAAGCGGAGAGCUGGCAAUCUUCAAAUGGGGCCGAAACGAAAACCCUGGUAGAGAUGCGCCAUUGGGCGACAAUGACGGCCCUGGCGAGAUGACUAGCAUAUCUCACAGAGCAGACCCUGGCCUGAAGGAAGGGUUUCUUCCACUCUUAUUGCUUGACCAACGUCAAGGACCAGUCACGGUCAUCAAGCACAGCGAUGUUGGAUUCAUCUGCGUGGGAUAUCAGUCCGGAAGCAUUGCAAUCAUUGAUCUACGUGGCCCAGCGGUAAUUUACUCUGCCCAUUCUACAGAUUUCGCGAAACAAUCGAGGAGAAGCAGCUGGAAAAGUCAUUCCUCAGCAGAAAAAGGAACCGAUUGGGCAACUUGCGUUGAGUUUGGAGUUUUGACGAUAGAAGAUGAUAACUAUUCGAGCAUCAGCUGUUUUGUCGGUACUAACCAUGGUCAUUUGGCCACUUUCAAAAUACUCCCUUCAUCAUCCCCCACUUAUACCGUGUCCUUCGUUGGGUCGUGUACUCUGGAUGAUCGAGUAUUAUCUAUAUGUCCUACAAAUGCCGAAACCGGAGCCCAGGCAUUAGCCACGCAGGAAGCCGUUUCAAAUCUACGAAAAGGCGAAAGGGUUAACGGAGUUAUCAUUGCAGUGACUCCUUCUGGUUGCCGCAUGUUCAAACCCGCCACGUCUAAAGGAGCCCACAAGAGCUGGGAUGACUUCAUGUGCGAUUCUGCUACUGUUGUCAACUCACCCCGAGGUUAUAGCCUUGUUGGUCUGUUUGGAGAUGGUAAAGUUAGAGCAUACUCCAUACCCUCCCUUAAAGAAAUCGGUUCCGCAAAUAUUAGCAAACUUCUUGAUACCAGAAGGCUAGGGGAUGCUCGCAUAUCGCCAUCAGGAGAUAUUCUUGCAUGGAACGGGCCCUCUGAAAUGAUGAUGCUUCAUGUUUGGGGCGCCGGCAGUCCCUUGCUCCGAACCGCGGAUAGAUUAUUUAACCCUCAAGUAACCCCUCCGCCCCGCCCAACUAUCUCAAAUCUGCAAUGGAUAGCUGGAACCCAAUUUGUCUCCACUGCGGAUGUUGAUUUACUAGGUGGGGUUCUCUCCGCGUGCGUCGGCGGCCCAAAUCGUCCCCCAUCCAAACGCAUGAUUGAGCAAAUGCGUCAAGAAGAGCAAGAACGCCAGAAGGCCGAACGAGAAGGACGUCUACCUAGAUCUAACACUAAUACCUCGCAGGGUUCUCAAGAAACGUAUUGGGCUUAUAUGCAACGACAGGUCCAGGAGAGGACUGAAAAUCUCAACAUUAUGGGCGAUAGCAUGGAUCGCCUAGGAGAGAGUAGUAGCGGCCUAGCAAACGAUGUGAACAAGUUUGUUAAGAACCAAAAGAAGAAGGCCGUUCUCGGAGCCCUUGGCUCAAAAUUCGGCUUUUGA